AUGGCUAAGAAAGAUAAACAACAACAAAAAAAAUCAAGACAAUCAAAUGGUAAAUUACAGGAAUUUGAAGAUUUGGAAUCAUUUGAACAAUUCUUGAAGGAUGAAAAAGAAGAUCAUGAAUAUGCUAAUGCUCAUGCCCAUAUCAACUAUAUCCCACCAUUCGUAUUGGCUGCUUCUCAUAAUGAUCCUGAUAAAGUGAAGGAUUCUCAAAAUAGAAAAAACAAGAAAUUUGUUAGACAUUUACAUCAACAUGUUGAAAAACAUUUAUUAGCUGAAAUCAAAGAGAAGUCUGGUUUACAACUCAAUUUCAACAAACCUGAAACUAUUGAAGAUUUUGAUACGAUAACUUGGAAAUAUGUUGAUGAGUCAAAUCAUGGUUUGGAUGAAAAUGAUGAAAAAUUCAAAGUUGAAGUUUUGAUCAAGUGUAAUUCUGAAAAUGCUUAUGUUGAUGUUAACUAUAACACUUUACCAAUCAAUGAUGACUUGCAAGUGCAUAUAUAA